AGCAAUCGCUCUUUCUUCUUAAGCCACGGUCAGAGACAAUCCAGUAGAGACCGAUAGCGACAAGCCAAAAGGGAUUUAGAGUGAGUGACGAUGGCGUUGUUCACGGCUAAUCCAACUAAACCAAUCACUCCUUCCUCUAUUUCAUGGAGUCUCUCUCGCUCCCCUCCUUUCUUCUCCGCUGCUUGCUUCCCCGGAGUUCGCCAUGAAAGGCCUGUGAAACGGUUUAUUGUGUUGGCCACAGUCAUGGGCGAAGCCAAGCCCACCGUCCUCGUCGCCGAGAAGCUCGGUGAGGCAGGUAUCCAGCUGCUCAGGAGCUUUGCUAACGUGGAUUGCUCUUAUAAUUUAAGUCCCGAGGAGCUUUGCAGCAAGAUUUCUCUCUGUGACGCGUUGAUUGUCAGGAGUGGCACCAAAGUCACUCGCGAGGUGUUCGAGUCGUCCGGUGGCAGGCUCAAGGUUGUGGGGAGAGCUGGCGUUGGGAUUGAUAACGUGGACUUGUCCGCGGCGACAGAGCACGGGUGCCUUGUCGUGAAUGCGCCAACUGCAAAUACGGUUGCUGCUGCGGAGCAUGGGAUUUCUUUGCUCACUGCCAUGGCGAGGAACAUUGCGCAGGCUAAUGCCUCCGUUAAAGCUGGGAAAUGGCAGAGAAGCAAAUAUGUUGGAGUGUCACUUGUAGGAAAGACACUAGCAGUGAUGGGAUUUGGAAAGGUGGGUUCAGAAGUUGCUCGGCGUGCCAAGGGCCUAGGCAUGUAUGUGAUUGCGCAUGAUCCAUAUGCACCUGCAGACCGCGCUCGUGCAAUAGGUGUGGAGUUGGUGGCCUUUGAUGAAGCCAUAUCAACUGCAGACUUUAUCUCCCUGCACAUGCCUCUAACUGCUGCCACUUUGAAAAUGUUCAAUGAUGAGUCUUUCUCGAGGAUGAAGAAAGGAGUAAGGAUUGUCAAUGUCGCUCGAGGUGGAGUAAUUGAUGAGGAAGCUUUGGUUAGAGCUUUGAAUUCUGGGAUUGUUGCUCAGGCAGCGCUUGAUGUUUUCGUAGAAGAGCCCCCACCACAAGGCAAUAGGUUGGUGUUACAUGAAAAUGUAACUGCAACUCCUCAUCUCGGUGCUAGCACCACAGAGGCUCAGGAAGGUGUGGCCAUUGAAAUUGCAGAAGCUGUUGUUGGGGCUUUGAAAGGGGAGCUUGCUGGCACUGCCGUAAAUGCGCCCAUGGUUCCUGCAGAGGUUUUAUCAGAACUUGCACCAUUCCUUGUGCUUGCGGAAAAACUUGGCAGACUGGCCGUGCAACUGGUCGCUGGUGGAAGUGGUAUGAGAUCAGUGAAGAUGAUGUAUGCUUCUGCCAGGGGUCCAGAUGAUAUUGACACACGGGUGCUGCGCGCUAUGAUUACCAAGGGCUUGAUUGAGCCGAUUUCUAGUGUUAUGGUGAACUUGGUAAAUGCCGACUUCGCUGCUAAGCAGAGAGGCUUGAGAAUAACCGAGGAGCGCGUUGUAUUGGAUGGCUCACCUGAGAAUCCGCUAGUGUUCAUCCAGGUUCAAGUUGCCGAUGUAGAAUCUAAAUUUGCCAGUGCAAUUUCAGAAACUGGCAGGAUAACAGUGGAGGGAAGAGUUAAAAGUGGAAAACCCCAUCUGACCAAGGUGGGAUCAUUUGAAGUUGAUGUCAGCCUAGAAGGCAGCCUCAUACUCUGCAGGCAGGCUGAUGAACCAGGUAUAAUUGGGAAAGUAGGGAACAUACUGGGAGAUGAAAACGUAAAUGUGAAUUUCAUGAGUGUUGGGAGGACUGCACAAACAAAACAAGCAGUAAUGACUAUUGGUGUCGAUGAGGAACCAAGCAGGGAAGCACUAAAGAAAAUUGGAGAGAUAACCCCCAUUGAAGAAUUUGUUUUCCUGAAGUUGUAAUGCCAUGAAGGCUAUUUGAUGCGGAAUUUUGAGGAAUAUUUUGUCAAAAUAUGUAUUUUUGACUCUAAUUUAUCUACUCAACCACAUUUAGAAUGCUCCUA